GCUCUCCCGGAGAAGGACACACAGGGCAAGCGAGCGCGGGGCGGGGCAGAGCUCCGGAAAGCAGAGGCAGAGCGGAAACCGGGCGAACGGGCCUCUCCCGGAAGAAGCGGUGUUACUGGCAGUGGAUGAGCCACCCUUGGCAUUGUGCCGUGUGCGUGUGACUCAGAUGGAUUCUGCUUGUCUGAAAGAUUCCUGCAAGUCCUCAGAGUUGUCCAACCUGCCUGGGCUCAGCGCUGGAAGCCGUGAGAAACAAUCUGAAAGGAAAUAUCGAAAUCUUAAACCUGGAUAUGAAGCCUGGGGACACCCUGAAGGUGAAGGGCAAAAUACCUGCUGAUGCUGUUGGCUUCAGUGUCAAUCUUGGCUGCAGCUCCAGAGAUCUGGCAUUUCACUUCAAUCCCCGCUUCAAUGAGUCUGUCAUCGUCUGUAACUCCAAGUGCUCCGACGCCUGGCAGACGGAACAUCGUGACCGCCACCUCUCUUUCUUCAGGGGCUGCACCGUCAAGUUCUUCAUUGAAAUGCUGUCAGACAGAUUCCGUGUGAAACUGCCGGAUGGUUAUGAAGUGUACUUCCCCAACCGGCACGGCUACCACAGGAUCAACUACAUAAGCAUCGUGGGAGGCUUAAAGAUGGUCUCCUUCAAGCUGUUCUGAUGGGCACUGCUUCCUAGCUCUAAUAAAAU